GAAAAAAACAGAACAGAAGUGGGGGAAGCCGCUCCCAUGGCUGACCUGAUCAUUUUGAACGAAGGACAGCUGCGAAAGCUUGCUACCGUGGUUUACUACCGGGAAGUAGUGGCAAUAAAAAACAUCCAAUUUGGUUCCGAACAGGAACGCGUGAAAUACCUUAGAGAUUGCAGGAGUAACCACGAAUCCAUAAUGGGGCUUUUGGAUGCCGGUGUCGGAUUUCAGGAUGGAUUUCAGGAUGAUGAGAUUAAGGAUCCAAUUGCUCAUGACGUCUUCUCUUGCGUCAAAAGCUGCGUCAACAGUGCACUUCAGAUGGUCCGGAACUACACUCUACGAAUGAACUAUCUGAAGAAGAUCAAGGAACACAGUAAUUUCCUAAUUAAUGGAUACACUGAGGAAGCUGGAUCCGAAGAACUUGGAGAACGUUCAGGGUCUGGCGAUGGAAGCAGUGCAGUACAAAAAUGCUAUGUUGGAGUAUACCAAGAAGCAUAAGAGCGGGGUAUCGCGCAUCUUUU